AUGACUGGAGUAGACAUCCACCUUGAUUGGACCCCUGGACAUGUUGGUAUAAGUGGGAAUGAGACAUCAGACAGACUGGCCAAAGUUGUAGCUAUAGAAGCAGAAAGCAUGACAGAUGAUGAGAUAGUUACAAAGCACAACAAUAUCUUGGACACAGAACAAGAAGGUUUCCGAAAGUUCAGAAACACAACACAUGCGUUGCUGAGACUGGUACAGUGCUGUAUUGAUGGGUUCAACAAGAAACAAAUGACCCUGGCAGUAUUCUUAGACAUGGAAAAAGCUUUUGACAGUGUGUGGAGGGACGGUCUAAGAGUCAAGUUACACAGACUAGGUAUAACAGGAAAGAUCUGGUCAUGGAUAGACAACUUUCUGGUAAAUAGAAAAGGAAAAUGUCUUAUUGAAAACAGAUUAGGAGAAGAAUUCUCAACUAAGAUUGGUCUCCCGCAAGGUUCUGUGCUGUCUCCCCUACUAUUCAACAUCUUCGUGGUAGAUGUCUUCCAGAAUAUAUCAAGCAACAAGGUCAAAUUUGCAGAUGAUGGCACAUUAUGGCAGACCGGAAGUGAUCUACAGGACUUGACAGAAACAGUAAAUGCUGAUCUUGAGGUUAUUGCAAAGUGGACUUACAAAUGGAGGAUGAAACUUAAUGUUGACAAGUCAGAAUACUGCAUCUUUUCCAAAUCCAAAGACAGUCUGCCAGACACAAAACUAGUAAUAGAUUCCAAAAUUAUCAAAAGAACACAAACCCCAAAACUUUUAGGAGUCACAUUAGACAGUGAACUAUGUUUUAAGAAACACAUUGAAGAUGUAGAAAAAAGAGGAUCAAGAGCCUUAUCUAUUCUUCAUACAGUCUCCAGAACAGAAAAGAUCAGUGUAAAGAAUAUGCUGCAAUUGUACAAAUCCAUAGUGCUGCCUCAACUUGAGUAUGCGUCAACUGUUUGGCAAAUAGGUAACUGUCAACCACUAGAAACGGUCCAAAGAAAAGGGUUGUCCAUGUGUCUGGGCCUACCAAGUACGUCCAGCAGGGAUGUUGCUGAUGUUCUUUCUGGUACGUUACCGCUUGAUUUGCGCAGAGAAGAGUUGAGUAUACGUGAAGCCGGAAAAUUGCUUGCAAAAAAUAGAGACCAUCUUACAGCCAACAGACUAAAGGAAAUCAAGGACAGUUUCACUCAUGAAAAAUAUACAUCCCCUCUUGGUAAAAUGGUAGUUCAGAUAGAUGACAUGGGUUCUCUUACAGAAAUAAACCUUAAAUCAAUUGAACCAGAGUUCUCAUACUUGGAGUACCUUCAACCUACAAGAUCUAGACCAGAGUACUGGAACAACAUGGGCUCCUCCAAGUCAAGAAGCAAAAAACAAGAAGAUGAGGCUAAGGCAAUGAUAACCGCCGUGAUAGAAGAUACCGAUGACAAGUCAAUGGUAGCAUUUACAGAUGGCUCAUGUAGAGGAAACCCUGGACCCUGUGGCUCAGGAGCCUUUGUUCUCCUGCCAUAUGGGGAGACAGUAGAGUUGAAACAGCCAGUUUCCAAACACUCUUCAAUACUGGUUGGUGAACUGGUUGCAAUUAAGAUAACGCUGGUCCUUGUCACAGAGGAAAUCAAAAAGCGGCAGAUACAAAAAGUAAAGAUCCUGAGUGAUAGUCAGUCGGCAGUGGGAAUCCUAUCAUUAGGCUGGGAGAACAAUUCACAUCCCCACCUUUGCUCCGAAAUACGCCAACUAUGGAGGCAAGUGGAGGAAACCGGCUGCAAAAUAGACCUCCAGUGGACACCAGGGCAUGCUAACAUACAUGGAAAUGACAAAGCUGACGCCCUUGCUAAAGAAGCAGCCAAGGAGGCUGAAGACAUGGAGGCAGAGGAGUUUGAUCAGCCCACCAGUCAGACAGAGAUACGUGCUGCAGCAUCCCUGGCUACCUGUGACAAGUGGCAACGUAGAUGGGAAAUUUCAGAAAGUGGGCGAACUCUUUUCCAGUACCAACCAAAAGUCAACCGCAACAAAGUAAACUUUGAUGGUCUACCACAUCAAAGAAGCAUAUUAGCGCUACAGAGUGGGUACUGUUUGAAGGACUACAAUUACAAAGUUGGUUUGACUGACUGUCCAUACUGCGAAUGUGGAAGUCGUGAGACAGUGGAGCACUUUUACUGUGAGUGCCCUUUAUACACCAGUGCAAGAGAGAAGGCAAAGAAAGAGAUGUUCCUCUUGACGGGUAUACCAGUCUUCAGUGAGAAGCCUUUCCUAACCAUUGAUGAAAAUGACCCCUACAAAGAAUGGCGACGGGCGAUCAACAAUGAACUGAAUGACUUUAUUGAAGCCACCAAGCGUUUUGGAACCCGUGGUCCGAGAAAGUUUCUCGCGUAA